GUGUGUGUGGAGGGGGGGCAAUUCGACUAUGGGGGCACUCGACACGGGUCUUCCCACCGCCAGUCGAAUGAGGUGGAUUUAGGAAAAAUCCCAAACCUGGGACGUGGAGAUAAACCACAGCAGCAAACAGAUACGCAUGGAAAUCAUCACACGGCUCGCAUUUGGGAUCAUAUACUUUUGUUCUAUUGAGGCGAUCUACUUACUGAAAGCGACUGAUAUGAAAACGGAAAACAGACUUGCAAGAAAGAGAAUGAUUGUAGCGGUGGUUUUCCCCGUAUAAAAGUGACUCGACGCUUUUACCCAAUUGAAAUGUAUGAUUAUUCUCCACUUCGUUAUUUCAUGGAUGCAACAUAAGCUUAUUUUUUUUGCAGGGGAAAAGGAAUUUUCAAGUGUCCCUCGUCUGCCCCCCAUAAACUUCUCGGAGGGGGGCGGUUUAAAAAAAGACUCUUCUCACGCCACUAAAAGUGCCAAGACGUCCUGUGUGAAGACCCCAGCCUCCUUCUUGUGGGGCCUCGGCUCUCCAGCCAGGGCAAAAGUCGCCCCCGGAACAAGAUGGCCGCCGGUGGUCCACCCUGCCUUUCUCUGCCGGCCCUGCUGCCCCUCUGCGCUCUGUUGCUCUGUUUGCUGUUCACUGGCUCUCAUGCCCUAUCGCCACCAAGGUUCACUAAAGUUCCCGUCGACCAGAUCGGUGUAUCCGGGGGCGUGGUCUCGUUCGUGUGCCAGGCGACGGGAGAUCCCAAGCCUCGGGUGAGCUGGAACAAGAAGGGGAAGAAGGUCAACUCCCAACGCAUUGAGACUAUCGAGUUCGAUGAGGGCGCCGGAGCCGUGCUUCGGAUCCAGCCUCUACGAGCGCCGCGGGAUGAGAAUAUCUACGAGUGCGUGGCGGAGAACAGCGAGGGCGAGGUCAACGUCAAUGCCAAGCUGUCCAUCAUCAGAGAGGACUUGCUCCCGACAGGAUUCCCCAACAUAGACAUGGGUCCCCAGCUCAAAGUGGUGGAGCGCACACGGACGGCCACCAUGCUUUGCGCUGCCAGCGGCAACCCCGAUCCAGAAAUCACCUGGUUCAAGGACUUCCUGCCCAUAGACCCCAACGCAAGUAACGGGCGAAUCAAACAGCUGCGCUCAGAAGCCUUUGAGGGUACCCCCAUCCGAGGUGCCCUGCAGAUUGAGAACAGCGAGGAGACGGACCAGGGGAAGUACGAGUGCGUGGCGUCUAACGUGGAAGGCGUGCGCUACUCAUCCCCUGCUAACCUAUAUGUGCGAGAGCUUCGAGAAGUCCGGCGCGUGCCCCCUCGCUUCUCCAUCCCGCCGACCAGUCACGAGAUCAUGCCAGGUGGCAGUGUGAACAUCACCUGCGUGGCGGUAGGGUCGCCCAUGCCCUACGUCAAAUGGAUGCUCAACUCGGAGGACCUGACGCCGGAGGACGAGAUGCCGGUAGGCCGGAACGUUCUGGAGCUCAACAGCGUGCGAGAGUCGGCCAACUACACAUGUGUGGCCAUGAGCAGUCUGGGCAUCAUCGAGGCUGUCGCGCAGAUCACAGUCAAGUCCCUGCCCAAGCCCCCAGGCAUACCCAUGGUGACCGAGACCACGGCCACCAGCGUCACCAUCACCUGGGACUCGGGCAACCCGGACCCUGUGUCCUAUUACAUCAUCCAGUACCGCGCCAAGUCUCCUGACAGCAAGUUUGAGACCAUGGACGGCAUCACUACCACGCGAUACAGCAUCGGAGGUCUUUACCCCAACACAGAGUAUGAGAUCCGCGUUUCGGCCUUCAACACGAUCGGCCAGGGCCCCCCCAGUGAGCCGGUGGAGACCCGUACCGGGGAACAAGCCCCGGCCAGUCCGCCCCGCAACAUCCAGGCCCGGAUCAUCUCCCAGAACACCAUGAUGGUCCGCUGGGACGAGCCUGAGGAGCCCAACGGGCAGAUCAAAGGGUACCGGGUGUACUACACCAUGGACCCAUCCCAGCUCAUGAGCCUAUGGCAGAUCCAUAAUGUCCAGGAUAGCAUCAUCACCACCAUCCAGAGCCUGGUGGCGUCUGAGACCUACACCAUCCGUGUCCUGGCCUUUACAUCGGUGGGCGACGGGCCCUUCUCUGACCCCAUCCACGUCAAAGUGCUGCAAGGAGUCCCCGGACAGCCAACAAAGUUCCAGGUCGGCGCUGUGUCCGACACAAGCAUCGAGUUGACCUGGGAACCUGCCUUUGAGAAGGAAGGAAUCAUCAACUUUGAGCUUCGGUACAAAGAGGGCAGUUUUGGCAGCCAGGUGACCAAAACCUUUGGCCCCACUGCCUCAUACGUCGUUGAGGGUCUGCGAGCAAACACAGAGUACUACUUCUCUCUGGCUGCCAUUUCCAACAAAGGCAUUGGAGCCUUCACCAACGAAAUAUCCCAGAAAACCUCGCAAGCCAAGCCCUCAGCCCCCCCUCAAGACGUUAAGUGCAGCAGCUCCAGCUCCACCUCCCUGCUGGUAAGUUGGCGCCCCCCGCCUGUGGAGAGCCAGAAUGGCGCCCUGGCGGGGUACCUAGUGCGCUACCAGGUGGUGGGAGCCUCCGUAGAGGGUGGAGGCGGCGGUGCCGGAGAACCCAUGGAGGAGCCGGCCGUGCCGCCCAGGGACGGGCAGGUGCUGCUGCAGAAGCUGGAGAAGUGGACCCAGUACCGUGUCACCUUGGCCGCCUUCACCGAAAUCGGGCCGGGCCCAGAGAGCGAACCCCUGCUCUGCCGCACCGACGAGGAUGUUCCAGGGGCUCCUCCUCGGCGGGUCGAGGUGGAGGUGCUCAACUCCACGGCGCUCAAGGUCAUGUGGCGCUCCCUGUUGCCGGGGCGACAGCACGGCCAGAUCCGUGGUUACCAGGUGCACUAUGUGCGCGUGGAGAACGGAGAAUCGCGUGGCCUGCCUCUCAUCAAGGAUGUCAUGCUAGCCGACGCCCAGUGGGAAACGGACGAUACAGCCGAAUACGAAAUGGUCAUCGGAGGGCUCCAGCCGGACACCACCUACUCCAUCACAGUAGCUGCGUACACCACCAAGGGAGAUGGMGCACGCAGCAAACCCAAACUGGUGGUUACCAAAGGAGCAGUGCCUGGGCCGCCCUAUCUGUCGGUGGCUCACCAUUCGGAGACGUCGGCCGUGGUACGCUGGGACGCGCCCGAUGUUAUGAUCCCUGGCAUGGAGCUGCAGGGUUACAGGCUUCAGUUUGGCCGCAAGGACGUGUCCCCGCUGGCCACUCUGGAGUUCACCCCCCAGGAGAGGCAGUACACAGUGGCCAGCGUCCACCGCGGUGCUACCUACCUCUUCAAAGUCCAGGCUAAGAGCCGAGGUGGCUUCGGGGAGGAGGCUACGGCCGAACUGCAUGUGCCUGAACAAACACCCCAAGGGUACCCCCAAAUCAACGAGAGCUCCAACGUGACCUGCUGCUCGGUAGAAUUGGCAUGGUCGCCCCCGGUGCUGGCGGAGCGCAACGGGGACAUCACGGAGUACACGCUGGCGUACCAGGAGACAGGCGUGGGGGGCGCACCCCGGGAACUCAGCCUGCCCGCCAUCCAGUCCAGCUACGUGCUCAACAGCCUAAAACCCAACUCGGCGUACGACGUGAAAAUACGCGCGCACACGAGUGUAGGUCCAGGGCCCUACAGCCCACCGAUCCAGUAUCGGACUGUGGCGUUUGAGACAGAUGUCCCGAAGAACUUCACAGUGAAGUGGGUUACCAAGACAACGGUGUUGCUAACGUGGAAGUUUGCUGAGAGGCGGUUCCCAUUCCGGUGCACGAUUGAGUACAAUCGCCAGAAGAUGGACGUGGACGCCCGGCUGACCAAGGCGCUGGUCACCAGCCUGCGGCCCAACACCACCUAUGAGUUCCGGGUCACGUGUCAGGAGAACACAGAGGGUGGACCUCGCCACCGUGUGGUCGCUAGGACUGCACCGCCCAUUCUGGUCAAGAAGCCCAGGCUGGAACUCUACUCGGAGCCGGACAACAUUCUGACCAUGGGUUUCACCCCGGUGGAAAGCAAGGACAUCAAGAAUUUCUAUGUGGUGGUGGUACCACUAAAGAAGGGCUCGGGAGCAGCCCGACAUCACAAGAACCCAGACGAGAUGGACUUGGAAGAGCUGCUGAGGGACAUCACCCCGAAACGUCGCACCAGGCGCCAGCUGAGCCAGGCGGACGGCAAGAGGCCCUACAUCACAGCCUGCUUCAAGCAGCUCCCCGCCACGUUCACCCUGGGCACAGAGCACCGCCACAGCAGCUGUGAGAACAAACCUCUGGAGCCCGGGCAGGAGUACGUCUUCUUCCUGCUGGCCGAGCUCAACACCACGGCCGGGAAAAUGUUUGCGGCCAGCCCGUACACGGAUCCAGUGGUGACCCCAGAGAUGGAAGUGGAUCCUCUGCCCAUCGAGACGGGCGGAGAUGGCCUCAUCUGGGUGGUGGGGCCCGUGCUGGCCGUGGUCUUCAUCAUCUGCAUCGUCAUCGCCAUCCUCCUCUACAAGAACAAACCUGACAGCCGUAAACGAAAGGAGUCAGAGCCCAGAACAAAAUGUCUGCUGAACAACGCAGAGAUCACACCCCACCAUCCCACAGACCCCGUGGAAAUGAGGCGCAUCAACUUCCAAACCCCAGAUUCUGGUCUGAGCAGUCCUCUAUGUGAAGCCGAUUUUGACUAUGAAAGUUAGGUAUGAUGAAUCAUCCACCAUCCCCCAAUCGCGGAGCUGGCUGAACACACGGAGCUUCUCAAAGCCAACGACAAUGAAGCUCUCCAGGAGUAUGAGUCCAUCGAUCCGGGCCAGCAGUUUACAUGGGAACACUCCAACCUGGAGGUGAACAAGCCCAAAAACCGCUAUGCCAACGUCAUCGCCUACGACCACUCCCGCGUCAUCCUCGCACCCAUCGAAGGUAUCAUAGGCAGCGACUAUAUCAACGCCAACUACAUAGACGGUUACAGGAAGCAGAAUGCCUACAUCGCAACGCAGGGUCCUUUGCCCGAGACGUUCGGGGACUUCUGGAGGAUGGUGUGGGAACAGAGAGCAGCCACUGUGGUCAUGAUGACCAGACUGGAAGAGAAAUCACGGAUCAAGUGUGACCAGUACUGGCCCAGUCGAGGAACAGAGACCUAUGGGAUGACCCAGGUGACUCUACUGGACACCAUAGAGCUGGCCACCUUCUGCGUCCGCACCUUCUCCCUGCACAAGAAUGGUUCCAGUGAGAAGCGGGAGGUCCGUCAGUUCCAGUUCACGGCGUGGCCUGACCACGGGGUCCCUGAGUACCCCACCCCCUUCCUGGCCUUCCUACGCAGAGUCAAGACAUGUAACCCCCCUGACGCAGGCCCCAUCAUCGCCCACUGCAGUGCGGGCGUCGGAAGGACGGGCUGCUUCAUCGUGAUCGACGCCAUGCUGGAGCGCAUCAAGCACGAGAAGACGGUGGACAUCUACGGCCACGUGACGCUGAUGCGCUCGCAGCGGAACUACAUGGUGCAGACGGAGGACCAGUACAGCUUCAUCCACGACGCGCUGCUGGAGGCGGUGGCGUGCGGCAACACGGAGGUGGCGGCCAGGAGCCUGUACUCGUACAUCCAGAAGCUGGCCCAGGUGGAGACGGGGGAGCACGUCACCGGCAUGGAGCUGGAGUUUAAGCGCCUGGCCAAUUCCAAGGCCCACACGUCCAGAUUCAUCAGUGCCAACCUGCCCUGCAACAAGUUCAAGAACCGUCUGGUGAACAUCAUGCCCUACGAGACCACCCGCGUCUGCCUGCAGCCCAUCAGGGGCCUUGAGGGCUCCGACUACAUCAACGCCAGCUUCAUCGACGGAUACAGGCAACAGAAGGCUUACAUCGCCACGCAGGGCCCGUUGGCAGAGACCACAGAAGACUUCUGGAGGAUGCUGUGGGAGAACAACUCUACCAUCGUAGUCAUGCUCACCAAACUCCGAGAGAUGGGCAGGGAGAAGUGCCAUCAGUACUGGCCCGCUGAACGUUCGGCCAGGUACCAGUACUUUGUGGUGGACCCCAUGGCCGAGUACAACAUGCCCCAGUACAUCCUCCGAGAGUUCAAAGUCACCGACGCCAGGGAUGGGCAGUCCAGGACAGUGCGGCAGUUCCAGUUCACUGAUUGGCCGGAGCAGGGGGUGCCCAAGUCAGGGGAGGGCUUCAUAGACUUCAUAGGCCAGGUGCACAAAACUAAGGAGCAGUUCGGCCAGGACGGACCCAUCUCUGUCCACUGCAGUGCGGGAGUUGGCCGGACCGGUGUUUUCAUCACGCUCAGCAUCGUGCUGGAGAGGAUGCGCUACGAGGGCGUGGUGGACAUCUUCCAAACGGUCAAGAUGCUGCGGACACAGAGGCCGGCCAUGGUGCAGACAGAGGAUGAAUAUCAGUUUUCCUACCAGGCGGGUCUGGAGUACCUAGGAAGCUUUGAUCACUAUGCAACGUAAAAAGCCAUCUCGUCCCCCGAACCGUUGUCCCCCUCAACAGUCUCCUGAGCCAUAGAAACUUGCUUGAAAUUUGAAAUGACAACAACAACAACAACAAACACAACAACAACAAACAGAAAACAAAAUUCAACCAACAGGAAAGCAAACUAAUUGUAGAUUUUUUGUUGUUGUAAAGAAAUCCAUUUAAAACACAAACAAUAGUGCAAUUCCAAUUGGACCUAAUGGACUUUGAUGCCGGUGAGGAAAGUGUAAACGAUUCCAACAGCAAAACCAGCUGACGCCCUCACUCGGGAGAAAGGAACCAAAAGUGGUGGCUCAAGCUGUGGGGUGGGAAUAAUCAAAAGUGUCAGACUGCUAACCUUACCUCAAGUGUUCAGAUGUGGCGGUUGACAUUGUAAACAUUUUGUGGACAUCUUUAAAAAAAAAAAAUACUACGUGCAAACAAUACAGAGAUAACAGCGAAUGAAGGAAAAGUGACCGGGUGAACGUGACUGAGGUAAAAAAAAAAAAAAAAAA